CUGCCAACACGGUGGAAAGCAUUUCAGGUCGCUCAAAUUGAUGCCUCGCGAUAUUUUUCUUGGUGUUGUAGCUCACCCAGCAAAUGGCAAAGCGGAAACACGUGACUCUGGCAAGUGGCAAGGCCUCCAAACCUACUAAACGUCAUCGCAAAGUUCCUCAACUAUUUGAGCAAGGUGUUAAUCCUGCACCGCCUUCUCUGCCGCCAACUGCACCUCGUUCACAGCGCUCGCGUGAGCCGACUCAUCAGCGCGAUUGCGACAUUCUGAGCCCGUUGUUUGAGCCGCCUGAGGCGAGCCAGCUUGCUGUUGACGCACACGCCGUUGAUAUACUUGGGGAGGAUGAGGACGAGGUACUAGAGGUUAACGCAACAGCAGAUGAUGAGGAGCAAAUAGAGCCUGUUGGGGAGGAAACUGUGGGAGCUGUUAGCAAGCCGCCUGCUGAAAAUUCUGCUAGAAGCUCACCUGGUGUUGCUGCUGCUGCCACAGCGGCUCAAUUGAGCCAGCGGCAGCGCCGCCAAGCCAAGGCAGAUAGGUGUACAAUUGCGCUGCAGCGAAGCCGACGUGUAGCUGGAGAAGGUGUUGUUGUUGGCAAUUGGGUCGAUUUUGAGGAAGAGCUAGUUGAAAUGGACAAGGAGAGCGCUCAGGUUAUGACGUGCGACUUUGAUUUGGUACUGAAAGAAGAGCUGCCAGCAACCCAGCCAGCAUCCCAGCUAGCUUGUGGUGUUGCUCGCCAGCGACCUGGCAUCGUUACAGCUAUCCAAGAAGAUGGGCUUGCUGCCAUCGUUGCAGCUGAGAGGUCUGCCAGCGGCGUUGCAAUUGGCAUAAAAGACUAUUGGAGAUGCCUUGAAGCAGGCUGCAGCAAUAACACCAACAACCUGGCCGUCAGAUUGAUUGCCCGGAAGAUCACUAUAUGGUCAACGGCAACACUAUCAAGAAGCGCCGCCGGCGGAAGGUCUCCAACAUCAUCAAACUCCAGCAUUGAAGGUCUUACAAAAGCAAUACUUGCUGGUCAUCUUGCUCAGAUGAGUGCCAAUAUUAAUCGCUGCAGGCAUGAGUCUUCUCAGAGCAUCUUCACGCCUCGCCCCCGUUGCAAGAAUUUUAAUUGCCCGAGAAACGAGCUGGUGCAACAUACUUACAACUUCUUCAACUACUGGAAGCACUCCAUGCCGCAGAUGAGAGAGACUAUCAAAAAUAUCGUUCAGCAGGUUGUCAAGGAGGACAAAUACGACAUCAACAUGUUAAUGGAUGAGCAGGUGGGGAUGACAAUGGAAGUGUGGGUGAAUUACUUCUGCAUUGGACCAGGUCACCUUGCACAUCUGCGAAGAAAAGCGAUUGAUUGGAGGAAGGAUUACGGCGGCCUGACAAAAGCUAAUUGGGAUGCAAUGGGUAGAGUAUAUAACGACGUGAGGGAGUCAGCGUCGCCUGUGAGGGAACCGUUGGGGGAAAGUGAGCUUUAA